AUAUUAAAAAAUAAAAACAAACCCAAUAAAUAUCAACACUCUAAACUUUUUUUUUCCUAUCCUAAUUUUCCAACACACAACUCACAAAAAGAAAAAAACAAUCUUCUCCUCAUCAAACAAUGGCUUCUCUUCUCGCGAACGGCAUCUCCAGCUUCUCCCCACAACCCACACCCGAUUCCUCCAAAUCCCCAAAAUCCUUCCACCCAAAACCCGAUUCCUUCAAAUUCCCCUCCUCCUCAAAAACCCUAAUCCCAUCUCCACGCCUCCUCAAAAUCAGAGCCGACGUCGGCACAAUCGAAUCCAAUCCAGGUAACUCCUCAACAACCUCAUCAACCGAUAAACUCCAACAAUACUUCCAAAACCUAGACUACGACAAAAAAUACGGUUUCGUCGAAGACAUCGACUCCUUCACAAUCCCCAAAGGCUUAUCCGAAGAAACAAUCAAAUCAAUCUCAUCCCUCAAGGAAGAGCCAGCCUGGAUGCUCGACUUCAGAUUCAAAGCCUACGCCAAGUUCCUCACCUUAAAUGAGCCUCAAUGGUCAGACAACCGUUACCCUCCAAUCAACUUCAACAACAUGUGUUACUACUCCGCCCCCAAAAAGAAACCCACUCUCAACUCCUUAGACGAAGCCGACCCUCAGCUCCUAGAAUAUUUCGAUAAGCUCGGCGUCCCCUUGACGGAACAGAAACGGUUAGCUAACGUCGCCGUUGACGCCGUUCUCGACAGCGUCUCCAUCGCCACUACACAUAGAAAGACGCUUGAGAAGUCUGGCGUGAUCUUCUGCUCCAUCUCCGAAGCGAUUCGGGAGUAUCCUGAUCUGAUCAAGAAGUACUUAGGCAGAGUUGUUCCUGUUGAUGAUAACUACUAUGCUGCUUUGAACUCAGCGGUGUUUAGCGACGGUUCCUUCUGUUAUAUACCGAAGAACACGAAAUGUCCUAUGCCGAUUUCGACUUAUUUUCGGAUUAACGCGAUGGAGACUGGUCAGUUCGAGAGGACAUUGAUUGUUGCUGAGGAAGGGAGCUUUGUUGAGUAUCUAGAAGGGUGUACUGCUCCUUCUUACGAUACAAAUCAGCUUCACGCGGCUGUGGUAGAGCUUUAUUGUGGCAAAGGAGCUGAGAUUAAGUACUCAACCGUGCAGAAUUGGUACGCUGGUGAUGAGGAAGGGAAAGGAGGGAUUUAUAAUUUCGUCACGAAGCGGGGUCUUUGCGCGGGGGACAGGUCUAAGAUCUCGUGGACUCAGGUUGAGACGGGGUCUGCGAUUACUUGGAAGUAUCCGAGUGUGGUUUUGGAAGGUGAUGAUUCUGUUGGGGAGUUUUACUCUGUGGCGUUGACGAAUAACUAUCAGCAGGCGGACACGGGGACUAAGAUGAUUCAUAAAGGUAAGAAUACAAAGAGUAGGAUCAUUUCGAAAGGUAUCUCGGCUGGGAACUCGAGGAACUGUUACCGUGGUCUUGUUCAGGUUCAGUCCAAAGCUGAGAAUGCUAAGAACACUUCUGUUUGUGACUCUAUGCUUAUUGGUGACAAAGCAGCUGCUAAUACCUAUCCUUACAUCCAGGUUAAGAAUCCAUCAGCCAAAGUAGAGCAUGAAGCAAGUACCUCUAAGAUUGGAGAAGAUCAGCUUUUCUAUUUCCAGCAGAGAGGAAUUGACCAUGAGAGAGCAUUAGCGGCGAUGAUCUCUGGGUUCUGCAGAGAUGUCUUUAACAAGCUGCCUGAUGAGUUUGGAGCUGAAGUUAACCAGCUUAUGAGCAUUAAGCUUGAAGGAUCAGUGGGUUAGAAAACCAAAAAUACUCACAAUUACAGGACAGUAUAAAAACAGUCUUUGUUGUGUAUCUCAAUAAAGUUUUAUCUUCUGGGUGUUUUUUUUACUAGUUUCAGUAUGUAAAACUUUGUGUUAUGUAUUGUUUUGAUAGCUUCAUGUGAACCAUAUGAAAGGUAUUGUUAAUAUUUUAACGCUUGCAUUGAACAUGG